AUGUCUCUAGACCGUACUAAACCGGCAGAGACAUUCAACACUCAAUCAUCGCAGCAGCACCAAGUCUCGGGUCCGGAUUCACAGGCCUCGACAGUACCACAGCUUCACCCCGGGGCACAACCCCCUCCAAACUCCACCUUACUCGCACGAUUGCAGGUCUACUCGACUCGUAUUCCACAGAGCUAUGUGACGCCGUUUUGCGGAGCAGGGGCGGGGGUUGCUUCAGGGAUAAUCACCUGCCCGUUAGACGUCAUUAAAACCAAACUACAAGCACAAGGAGGCUUCUUAAGACGAAAUGGGAAAUUGGUGCACACAGAGGCUCUGUAUAAGGGCAUGAUAGGAACUGGCAGAACCAUAUGGCGGGACGAAGGCCUGCGUGGUCUGUACAAAGGUUUAGGCCCAAUGCUUCUGGGCUAUCUUCCUACGUGGGCCGUCUACUUGACAAUAUAUGAUAGAGCGAGAGAUUACUUUUAUGGCCGAACAGAAAAUUGGUGGCUUGCCCGAACAUAUGCAUCACUAACUGCUGGGGCUUGCUCGACCAUUGCAACCAACCCUAUCUGGGUCAUUAAAACUAGGCUCAUGUCCCAAAGCAUAAGGCCUUCAAAUGACGGAUUUCAGGCUCCAUGGUACUAUAAAAAUACCCUAGAUGCCGCACGGAAAAUGUAUGCAAGCGAAGGCAUACGAGCAUUUUAUUCAGGCCUCACCCCUGCCCUUCUAGGCUUAUCUCAUGUUGCUAUCCAAUUUCCACUGUAUGAGUACUUUAAACUCGCGUUCACAGGGUUUAUGAUGGGAGAACACCCUGAUGCAGGUAACCCACACUGGGUGGGCAUUGGCGCUGCGACAUUCCUUAGCAAAAUUUGUGCUAGCACAGCUACAUAUCCACACGAAGUACUGCGCACAAGGCUACAAACUCAACAAAGAAUAAGCCCUGCACCAUCACCAGAAGGGAUUUCGUUCCGUGUCUCAGACGACCCAUAUGGUGGUAAUGUGGGAGCCGCAUCCUCUGAUGGAAUGCGUAACCGUCCACGCUAUCGAGGGGUUAUUAGAACGUUUCAAACAAUCCUGAAAGAGGAAGGAUGGAGGGCAUUUUAUGCUGGAAUUGGGACCAACCUCUUCCGUGCAGUCCCUUCCGCCAUGACCACCAUGUUGACGUAUGAAUACUUGCGCAACAUAAUACACUGGGGUCAGCAUGAAGGGGAAAUAAUACUAGCUUCAUCGGUAGAGAACCAACACCUAUGA